AUGGCGGCUCACCUUAGCUCGGGCCGCGUCCCGCUGACGGCGCUGAGGGAAGCCGGGCGGAGGGAGCUGCGCGCCUUCCUCGACAAAUGCGCCGGAUCCAAGGCUAUUGUAUGGGAUGAGUAUCUUACUGGGCCCUUUGGAUUGAUUGCACAAUAUUCUCUUCUGAAGGAACAUGAGGUGGAGAAAAUGUUCACUCUCAAAGGAGGUCACCUUCCACCAGGUGAUGUCAAGAACAUUAUUUUCUUUGUCAGGCCCAAGUUAGAGCUCAUGGACAUAAUUGCAGACAAUGUCCUCAGCGAAGAUAAAAUCCGCUGUCCGCAGCGGGAUUUCCACAUCUUGUUCGUGCCGCGUCGCAGUUUGUUAUGCGAGCAGCGCCUCAAAGAACUGGGCGUGCUGCACUGCUUCGUUCACCGAGAGGAAUACAGCCUGGACCUCAUCCCCUUUGAUGGAGAUCUUCUGUCCAUGGAGUCAGAAAACGCCUUUAAGGAAUGUUACUUAGAAAAUGACCAGACCAGCCUCUACCAUGCAGCAAAGGGACUCAUGACGCUCCAGGCUCUCUAUGGAACCAUCCCGCUCAUCUUUGGAAAAGGGGAAUGUUCACGGCAUGUGGCAAACAUGAUGAUCCGGAUGAAGCGGGAGUUUUCGGGGAUCCAGAACCCCAUUCUCCCUGUCUUCGAUACCCUUCUGCUGCUGGAUCGCAAUGUGGAUUUGAUCUCUCCUCUGGCUACUCAGCUGACCUACGAGGGCCUGAUUGAUGAAAUAUAUGGGAUUCAGAACACCUACGUAAAACUUCCCCCCGAAAAAUUUGCCCCCAAGAAGCAGGGGGAGGCCGCGAAGGAGCUCCCCACUGAGGCCAAGAAGCUGCAGCUGAACUCCGCGGAGGAGCUGUACGCAGAGAUCCGGGAUAAGAACUUCAAUGCCGUGGGCAGCGUCUUGAGCAAGAAAGCCAAAAUCAUCUCUGCUGCUUUUGAGGAAAGGCACCACGCCAAAACCGUGGGGGAAAUCAAGCAGUUCGUCUCACAGCUGCCGCACAUGCAGGCUGCCAGAAGCUCUUUGGCCAACCACACCUCCAUCGCAGAGCUCGUGAAAGAUAUCACCACCUCUGAAGACUUCUUCGAUAAUUUAACGGUGGAGCAAGAAUUUAUGUCCGGCAUAGAUACCGAUAAGAUCAACAGUUACGUAGAAGAUUGUAUUGCCCGAAAGUAUCCCUUGAUUAAGAUCCUAAGGCUCGUUUGCCUGCAAUCGGUGUGCAACAGCGGCUUAAAACAGAAGGUGCUGGAUCAUUACAAGAAAGAAAUUCUCCAGACUUACGGCUACGAACACAUCCUGACCUUGAAUAACCUAGAAAAGGCUGGACUUUUGAAGCCUCAGCUGGGCAGUCGAAACAACUACCCAACCAUCCGGAAAACUUUGCGUUUGUGGAUGGACGACGUCAACGAACAGAACCCGAACGAUAUCUCUUACGUCUACAGCGGUUAUGCACCCCUAAGCGUUCGCCUGGCACAGUUGCUCGCCCGGCCAGGUUGGCGAAGCAUUGAAGAAGUCCUAAAAAUACUUCCUGGUCCACAUUUUGAGGAGAGGCAGCAGCUGCCAACUGGACUUCAAAAAAAGCGCCAGCAUGGAGAAAACCGCGUCACUCUCGUCUUCUUCCUGGGAGGCGUGACGUACGCCGAAAUCGCAGCUCUCCGCUUCCUCUCGCAGAUGGAGGACGGGGGCACCGAAUAUGUCAUCGCCACCACCAAGCUGAUCAACGGGACAAGCUGGAUUAAGUCUCUGAUGGAGAAGCUGGAGCCUCCUCCUUUUUAGGAGAAGCCGGGGUAGACCGAGCAGGACUCGAUCGAGAUGGGAUCGCGGUGCGUAAUGUACGUCUGGAACAGGGUUCUCCAUCCUUGGCCACUUUAAUCCUGGAGGGACUUCAACUCCCAGAAUUCCCCAGCCAGUUUUGCUGGGCGUUGAAGUCCUCCAGGCUUAAAGUGGCCAAGGUAGGAGGCCCCUGGUCUGGACUACAUCAGAAGAAACAGAUGCCUCCGGAAGAGAGAAGGGGAUUGUGGACUUACCAAAUUGAAAAGGAAGAUGGUUUCUCAGCUGCUUUCUAACAAAUAUGGGCCCAGAAAGAAAGCUCAGCUUGGCAAUCUGCACUUUGGUCCUCUCCCUUGCGUCAUUCACAAGUGUCAUUCCCGGAUUUUUUUUGUGUUACAGUUUCGAAACCCUUCUUCCUUGGUGUAUAUCUCACCAUCUUUCAGGACAUUUGUCCUAAUAUUUCGUCCUCCUCCUUCCCAUUCUGUAGUUAGCUUGGUUUUCUUACUUCAGUCCAAUGAUGUUCUUAAUUUUUCUCCCCAGGCAGUUAAUCAUGUUGGUAGAUUGUACUCUAGCCAUUUUCCUUCUUCGGCUGCCAUUCUAAAGCUUGGAAUUUUGUAAAUCUAUAACAGAUAUAACCACUAACGUUAUACAGCUCUAUCCCAAUCCUCUUGUUUUCAAGGAAUUCGAUUUGUUUCUCGCAGUUUUCUACAGCAAUCCUGCUUUGCUGCCAAUUUUGAAAAAUCCUGCUCUCUUAAUUAAUAACUCCUUGAAUGCUUACAAGCCCUCAGUAUUGAACAAACUCAUUUGCACUGAUCAUUAUUGAGAAUAGUGGGAGAAGAAUAUGAGAGGCGACUGUUUAAUCGAACCUCACUCAAUUGCAAACAAACAAGCAUGUUUAAAAAGUGCUGGAAUAUUAUGUUUGAAAUCCAAGAAGAUAAAUAUUAUAAAGACUCAAACGCAGGCAUUAUCCAGCCUAUACGUGUGUGUGGGGUUGCUUUUUUUUGAACGUGUUCAGUUUCUACAUUAGUGCCAGCAGAAUCUCUCCGUAUCAUUGUGAAAACAAUACGAUUCUCUCCCGUUAAAUGCCAUUAUUGCGAUAGCUGCAUUACUCCCCGUUCUCCAGAGUGCCACAGCCCCAUGAAUAGAAAACCUGAGAAUCAGGAAAGUUAAGCUUGUUUCUGGACAGUGUUGACUGAGUCCCAAGGGAGAUAAUUAUAUGCUAACGGCUUCCUGGGUAGUUUGAUUGUGAUCUACUUUUGAUCAAGGUCUGGCUGAUCACAAGGCUAAUAAUUGGAUAAUAAGAGCUCCUGAUUAAAUUUAGAGUCCAUUUGUUGAGCCAUGAUGUCUAAGCCAAAGAAAGGGGGGCGAUAAUGGAGACCUAACUGGCCAGGAAGAGCCAGUUAAGCAGGAGGAAGGGGGAAAUAAAACUUUAAAUAGAGCAGUGAGGUAUUUUUCAGGUUAGAGACAGGCGUAAUGCAAAGAUUUCUACUACAAAAAAACCCCAUAAAAAAUUGGUUAUAAGCAGAAGCAAAGUUUUCUCUAAAGUGCCUGUGUGCCUUAUGCCAUUUUCCUGCCUUCCCCUCAUGUUACUUUCAGCACCUCUGAAUUUUGCCCUUUUUCUUCAUUUUAAGCCUGAGGGAACCAACAUACAUGUAAUAAAUUUACGAAGGAUGUUCAAAUAGCCAAGAGAGAAGAUAGCCCCCAAAUCAGAGACAUCUGCAAAAUGUCACCAAAGGACUUGGCCACAUGGUUCCCACUGACAGGAGCAGCAGAGUUGAAUUUCGGUCUUGCUGGGAUUGGAGCCCAGUGAUUGUUGCUACACACAUACACAAAUACUCACAGACACACAAACAGUGGCUGAGCAAAACAUGGACCUGAGCACCAAAUGAUGUAAGAUUUAAAGCGGAUGUUGAAUUUGAAAACAUGCCGUUUUUAGCUCUGUCUAUAUAUAUUUAACUGUCAUCAUAAUUUGCUUUGGGUUGAACAACCACAUAUCUUUUAAUAAGCAUAGUGUAUGUGUUUGGGUAAGAUUGCAGCUCAGUAUGUAAAUCUCCCUUUCGUAGUAAAAGUUAUCAUUGCAACAGUGGGGAGAAAGUUACUCUCACAUUCUCAACAACGGAUCCUUAGAUUUAUCCUACCCAGUGGCUAGAGAUUGAAAACCUACCCUGUACUAUUUUGGAAAAGUAGAAAGCUCCAAUAGUAUCUUUAAAGGAUAACAAACUUAUUAUACUCUGUGUUUUUGCACACAAGUGUAUUUAUUUCAUCGCGGCGAGUAUUGGAGCAUCCUUAAAAAAAAAAACCACUUUCCUCAUUACUUCCAUUCUAUUUUCAUUUUUAAAAAGCCUCAGGAUAUAUAUAUAUUUUUCCGUGCAGCGAAGAACAAAGAAGAUCUGUGUAUCCCAUUGCAGAAUUACUCUCUGACCACACCUAUUAGUACUUCGCUCGUCUGGUGUAUAAAUAGAGAGCAGCCUUGUGCUGCCUCUUCAGAUGGUCCAGCCACCUCCAGAAGCCGCUCGCUCAAAAACACCCACAAAAAAAGAUCCUCCAACCUCAUCCUCCAAAAAAGCUGUUCCCAUGCAGUUUUCCCCACCACCUUUGAAAUCCAGGAUGGUGCAAGAAUCCUUUACUCUCCACUUCCUGAAGGUGCUGAAGGAACUCCUGGCCUUCGUGCUUUUCAGUUACACCGUCUUGUUUGGAGCGCUGUUGUUGGCUGGAUGGACGACUUACUUCCUGGUGCUAAAGUGACCCUCGUGUUGUGGUUCUGCCUGGAGCCCGGAGACCUCAGCUGGA